AUAAAUACAUAAAUAAAUAAAUAUACACGACGCUGCUUCAAGUUCAACACCACCACCACAAAAAAAAAGAUGUCGUUUUCGACUGAGGUGAAGAUGAAUCAUUAUCAGAACGAGAAAGAAAACCCUAACCCUAAUCCUAAUCCAAGUUCGCCAUUGAAGAAACGAGGAGCUAGGUGGUCUGAUUUAUGGCUAAAACACACCAAAUCGAAGCCGUUAGACCAAAUGGUUGUUGCUGCUGCUGCUGCAAUGCAGCUUCACUCUCUCACUUCUCCUCGCAAAUCAAACAGCACGUUAAUCCCUAAUUUCUCAAUCAUUGAUCGAACGCUGUUAUUAUCCGAUGUGAUUCUUCUCAAGAUUCUUUCAAUGCUGCCUGAUUCUGAUUCACAGAGGAAUUCUAAUUCGCUUGUUUGUAAAAGAUGGUUGAAUCUCCAAGGUCGUCUCGUUCGUUCGAUUAGGAUUCUUGAUUGGAACUUUCUUUUAUCUGGUAGGUUGAUUCAUAGGUUUCCGAAUCUUAAUCAUGUUGAUUUGAUUCCUGGGUGUUUGAUUUUGGCGCGGAGUAGGGAUAUUUUGAUGAGUGGUAAUGUUUUGUCUAUGCAUGUUGAUUCGGGGUGUUCGCCCAAUUGGUAUAAUUGUGAGGAGAAUAUGCUUCCUGUUGAGGUUAUUGAUAAUGGGUUGAGUGCUUUGGCUGGUGCGUGUCCGAAUUUGAGGAGGGUGCAAGUGAUUGGUGCUAGUGAGAUGGGUUUGCUUAGUGUGGCGGAAGAAUGUCCUACUUUGCAGGAAUUGGAGCUUCAGAGGUGUAGUGAUAAUGUGUUGCGCGGGAUAGCGGCGUGUGGGAAUUUGCAGAUUUUGAAAUUGGUUGGGAGUGUUGAAGGUUUUUAUGGUUCUGUGGUUUCAGAUAUUGGAUUGACUAUUUUGGCUCAGGGUUGUAAGAGGCUUGUGAAGCUUGAGCUUUGUGGUUGUGAAGGUAGUUUUGAUGGGAUUAAGGCUAUUGGGAAGUGUUGUCAGAUGUUGGAGGAGUUGACUUUGUGUGAUCAUAGGAUGGAUGACGGGUGGUUGGCUGCGGUUUCGUAUUGCGAAAAUUUGAAGACGUUGAGGUUACAGUCUUGUAAGAGGAUUGAUUUGAAUCUGGGGGUCGAUGAGUAUUUGGGUUCUUUUCCUGCACUUCAAAGGCUGCAUUUACAGAAAUGUCAGUUGCGGGAUAAGAAGAGUGUUUCCGCUUUGUUUUCUGUUUGCAGGACUGUUAGGGAGAUUAUUAUUCAGGAUUGCUGGGGAUUGGAUAAUGGCAUGUUCGGCUUUGCAAGUGUUUGCAGGUGUGUAAAAUUGCUUCACAUAGAAGGAUGCUCAUUUCUAACAACAGAAGGUUUGGAUUCUGUAAUACAUUCAUGGAAGGAGCUUCAAAGCCUUAGAGUAGUCUCAUGUAAGAAUAUAAAGGAUAGUGAAAUCACUCUUUCACUUGCAACCUUAUUUACCACUCUCAAAGAAUUGAAAUGGAGGCCAGAUACCAAAUCACUUCUUCAAUCAAGUCUUGUGGCGAUAGGUAUAGGAAAGAAAGGUGGGAAGUUUUUUAAAAGAACUCUGACAUGACUCUUAAAUUUGUGGUGUAGUAGUACUCAGUGUUGUCAACCAUUGAUCACAUAGAUAGCGGGCUGUUCCAAUUCUGAUACAUUUCAACGCUAUAGUGCCACAAUAGCCGAGCUUUGACAACAUAGUGCCACAAUAGCCGAGCUUUGACAACAUAGUGCCACUAUACUAUUUGACAAUUCUGGUAGUAGUUGUCUGAACAUAGGCAUUGUCUUAAAAAACAGAUUAUUUUCACUGACAUAGUGAAAAUUGUAGCAUUACCAAUUUGUAAUAGUUACUUUUUUACGUUUCACAUAGAUGUUGAUGGGAAGAUUAUUCUUUAUUUUUCCUCCUUUUGUUAGACAAAGAAAGAAGCCUAGAGAUGUAAAUAUGUAAAAGUUAAACUGAGUUCACAAGAGUGGAAGUUAGGUACAAGGUACCCUGCAUUUUCUUUCUACAAUGUGAAAGGUUAGUGAAAUAAUAAGCAUGUUACCGUUGUAUGUGACUGUGGCCCUUUGGCUCUUGAACGUGUUAAAAGUAUGAACUUUGCACUUUUUUUUGGAA